UCUCUCACUCUCCCUGCCCAGAAUAUGAGAGUAUAUAGCUACUGUGAGGAUUGAAGUAGUAGUGUUAGUACAUGAAAAUGGGUUGUUUUUGCAUCAGGCUAAAACAUCGAGCUUAUGAAGAUCCUGCCACUUUAUCAGCACAAACACAUUUUACAGUGAAAGAAGUGAAGGCCCUGUUUGAACUUUUCAGCAAAAUAAGCAGUUCUGUUAAAGAUGAUGGCUUUAUCACCAAAGAAGAAUUCCAGAUUGGGCUGUUUAGAAACAGCAAAAAACAGUCUUUCUUUGCAGAUAGGAUGUUCAAGUUGUUCGAUUCCAACAACGAUGACGUGAUAGACUUCGGGGAGUUUGUUCAAGCUUUAAGUGUUUUUCAUCCUAUUGCUUCCUUGGAAGAGAAAUGUGAUUUUUUGUUUAAACUCUACGACGUGUCUCAUGUUGGCUUCAUUGAACAUCAAGGGGUUAGAAAAAUGAUUGUGGCACUUCUUCAUGAGUCAGAAUUGUCACUUCCUGAUGAUAUUAUUGAAGCUAUUAUCAACAAGACUUUUGAGGAAGCAGAUACUAAUGAUGAUGGAAGGAUAGAUGCAGAAGAGUGGAAGGAUUAUGUAUCUAGGAAUCCAUCUUUGUUGAAAAACAUGACAGUUCCUUAUUUGAUGGAUAUCACAAUUGCAUUUCCUAGCUUUAAGAUGAAACCAGAAACGGAUGAUGAGACAAGGAGCGACUUCUAAAUUGUGAAACUGAAGUGCAAUAUAUUGUACAUCUGUAUCAUAUACGUAGUAUCAUAUCUAUACAUACAUGAGAACAUUGUAAUUUUUGUACCACAAGAAAGAUGGAAGGGGACUGGAAAACUAUAGUUUUGAGUAAAAACGGUCAGUUUAGUCCUCGAAGUUGCAAAAAAGGGGUCAAAUAAGUCCUUAUAUAGAAAAUUCUGUCUGGACGUGCCAUUUGAGGUGGCUCCCGAUAAAAUUUUUUGAUUAAAUUUUUUGAGCAUCUUAUUCAUUAAGUCUAGUUUACUCAUACCAAAUUUCAGCUAAAAAUUCAAUCGGGGAAACAUUCAAAUGAAUUCUUGAAGAUAACUGCGCUUUGAACAGCACAAUUAUCUUCAAGAAUUCAUUUGAAUGUCUUCCCAAUUGAAUUUUUAUCUGAAAUUUGGUAUGAGUAAACUAGACUUAAUGAGUAAGAUUCUCAAAAAAUUUAAUCAACAAAUUCCACCGAGAGCCACCUCAAAUGGCACGUCCGGACAGAAUCUUCUAUAUAAGGACUUAUUUGACCUCUUUUUUGCAACUUCGAGAACCAAACUAACCCUUAUCCCUUUUUAAUAAGAAGCAAUAUUGAAUAAAAAAAAGGACCCAGGAUGGAGUGAUGAAGGGAGUCCGGGGGAAGACAUUAUUGGUGUGAUGUGAUGUGAAUGCAAUAGUGUCACGCGAAUUGCCAGUGAGGGGAGAGUAAUUCCGCAAAUUAUACCGUGGGAUCGGCCCACCAUGCGCAUGGUGUGCCGAUCCCAAAACGAGGCCGUUUUAUAUUAAUUAAAACAGAGCCGACAAAAUUCACCGUCUUCUCCAGCCGUCCAGCGUGUGCUUCGUCCCUGCGGCCAAAAAUUUAAUUCCUUUGCUGAUACGAAGCUUCCUUGUUGAACCUCCCUACCUGCUGAAUCGAAUUUGUAAUGCUUCGUGCAUAUGAGACUAAAGACAAUUAUGUAGCAAACUCUAAUUCAAACCAGUGAAUGCAUAAUUUAACACAAGCUGUUAGCAAAGAAGAUAGCUCGUCCAUCUUUGGCCGUACUUGUCUUGCCGGCGACGCAGUAUUCCCUUACGGUGGAUUGAAGGACUUUGAUAAUAUACAUUCCAGAGUAUAAGUUACAUAAUUUUAUGCUUGAGUUACAUUAUUUUAUUUGCGAGUUACAUCUUCUGAAACGCAAGUUACAUUUGUCAUCAACGCGAGUUACAUUUGUUAUAACAUGAGUUACAUAAAAAAUAACUCACUGUUAUUGAAACAAAAAAAAAGUUUUUUUUUUUAAAUUAUUGUGAUGGUCAUGAUAUUAAAAACAAAACAUAUUCACGAUUUACGUAAAGUAAUUGUGUAGUUAGACUCUUUUUUC